AUGCCGCACACGUGCCUCGUCCUACGUGGCGCAGAAAAACGACCGGAUUGUGCCAAGAUUCGUGCACAAAGUCGCGGAAGCCAGACAUGGACCAGACCGAAGCCCUACCUGACGACACGCGACAUCCUCGGCCGCCUCCCGCCGUGUGAUCUAGCCGCGUCCCGCUGCGUCCGCAAGACAUGGCGCGCCGUCGUGGACGCCCGCCGCCUGCUGCUCCCGCACCUGCUCCCGCAUUCGCUGCAUGGCAUCUUCAUCAACUACAUCGACUACGAGAGCCCCCGCUGCUUCUCGCGCCCCUCCGCACAGAAGCCCUUGAUCGACUGCAACCUUGACUUCCUGCCUGGUUACGCCGAGGAUUUCGACCCGAUCGUAGAUCACUGCAACGGCCUCUUGCUUUAUGAGAGCGACAUGAACUUGUGCUCCUAUGUGGUCAACCCCGCCACGCGACAAUGGGGACGUCUCCACUACAAGACCGACCACCGCCACCACCUCGCAUACCUUGCGUUCGACCCUGCCGUCUCACCCCACUAUGAGGUGCUUUUGAUCCCGUGUGUACCUGACAAAGUGGACCCUGCACAAGACUCUAUGGAAUGGCCACCAUCCUCGUGGGUGUUUGAUGUGUUCUCAUCUAGUACAAGGAAAUGGCUCAAGAGGUCCUUUAUCCGCCAAGGCGUGGCUGCGGGCACAGUGACCGAUGUUCGGGUAGAUCCACUAGAGCCAAAAUCUAUGUGCGGGGGAGGUCCAAGGCGGCGAUAUAGUGCGUACUGGCGAGGAUCACUCUAUGUGCAUUGUCGCGGUGCGUUUGUCGUCAGGUAUUACUGCAUCUUUGCAGAAUCGUACUUCUACUUCUUGUCUUAGUAGCGUUUCUCUUAUACUAAUAUUUGAAUAUUUACACAACAACUUCACCACUAUAGCUGUGAAGUUGUUGACAUAUUUUA